AAAUACAUUAUUGUUAUGGGUCAUUUGCACAUUACGGGCGCUAAUGUAUUGGCUCUGAGUAAGCGACCACCAAUAGGGUGUUCUCACACGACCACCAUAUCCAUCCAAAUAGUCAUGAAGCUCCCUUCUCUUCUUGCUCCUCUACUCUCAUUCAACUCUAAGCAACCCAUCGCACCGUCUACAGCUUCCCACCACAGCGUGAUGCUAUCCCUGACGAGUCUGGAUACGAACACGAGACCGAGGAAAGCCCAACAAGAACAACAACACAUCUUUCUUCCGCGCUUGGCACCUGGAGGCCCGAACCGGAGGGGCAAAAGUCCGGGCAGCACUGGCCAAGCAGAAGAAGAAGAGGCUUGAGAAAGACAAGGCCAAUGAUGCCAGGGCCAAAGAGAAAAGACAGAAAGACCAAAAGGAGAAAAAGGCAGAAAAAGCGGCGAGACAGGAAGGCGCAGCUGGCUUGAAA